ACCCAGGCGGCUGCGCGCCGCCCUUCCGCGCAUGCGCCGCCGAGGGCUGGGCUGUUGCUCCCUGACGGGUGGCUGCGGCGGCUCCUCGCCAUGGAGUCCUACGACGUGAUAGCGAACCAGCCCGUCGUCAUAGACAAUGGUUCAGGUGUGAUUAAAGCAGGUUUUGCAGGCGAUCAAAUACCGAAAUACUGCUUUCCAAACUAUGUGGGCAGACCAAAGCAUGUUCGUGUUAUGGCUGGUGCUUUAGAAGGGGACAUUUUCAUUGGUCCAAAGGCAGAGGAGCACAGAGGUCUCCUCUCGAUCCGAUACCCGAUGGAGCAUGGCAUAGUGAAGGACUGGAACGACAUGGAGCGCAUUUGGCAGUAUGUGUAUUCAAAAGACCAGCUUCAGACAUUCUCAGAGGAGCAUCCUGUGCUGCUGACAGAAGCACCCCUAAACCCACGCAAGAACAGAGAGCGUGCUGCUGAGGUGUUCUUUGAGACCUUCAACGUGCCAGCGCUGUUCAUCUCCAUGCAAGCUGUGCUCAGCCUCUACGCGACGGGGAGGACCACAGGAGUGGUGCUGGACUCCGGGGACGGCGUUACCCACGCGGUGCCCAUCUACGAGGGCUUUGCCAUGCCCCACUCCAUCAUGCGCAUUGACAUCGCCGGCCGCGACGUCUCACGCUUCCUGCGGCUCUACCUCCGGAAGGAGGGCUACGACUUCCACACAACCUCCGAGUUUGAGAUUGUCAAGACCAUCAAGGAGCGUGCCUGCUACCUGUCAAUAAACCCCCAGAAGGAUGAGACUCUGGAGACUGAGAAGGCUCAGUACUACCUGCCAGAUGGAAGCACUAUUGAGAUCGGCCCUGCCCGUUUCCGAGCCCCAGAGCUCCUGUUCCGGCCAGACCUGAUAGGGGAGGAAUGUGAAGGACUCCACGAGGUGCUCGUUUUUGCCAUUCAAAAAUCAGACAUGGACCUGAGGCGAACACUGUUCUCCAACAUCGUGCUGUCUGGAGGCUCCACGCUUUUCAAAGGCUUUGGUGACAGGCUGUUGAGCGAAGUGAAGAAACUAGCUCCGAAGGACGUCAAAAUAAGGAUAUCAGCUCCUCAGGAGAGAUUGUAUUCCACGUGGAUCGGCGGCUCCAUCCUGGCCUCACUGGACACCUUUAAGAAAAUGUGGGUUUCGAAAAAGGAAUACGAAGAAGACGGAGCUCGUGCCAUCCAGCGAAAAAGCUUCUAGCCCUGGGACCCGUCCUCAGUCUCCUGCGAAGACUCACUUCAGUUCUAAACUCGCUUUUCUGAGUCCGAGUGUCUGAGAGCUGCCUGUGUGUGUGUGUGUGCGCCAGCAUGCCCCGAUGUCACUGAGCAAAGGCGACAGCAGCAGGAGGGUUCUAUUAGUACUACUAACUUCUUUUUUUUUUAUUAUUAUUUUAUUUUUUGUUGGGUUUUUUUUUUUUUUUUUAAAAACGGAGAAAACACCAGUCUGAAUUUCUCCGGACCGGCCCAUUCCUUUUUCAUUUCAGUCCCUUAAUUUCUGUAUCGCCAUCACAUUUGUCACUGUAAAACAAACGAGCGAGCAAAAAAAAAAAACAAAAAAAAAAGAAAGAAAAGGGAACAGCUUCUCAAGAGACCGCCCGGCGAGCCCCAAGGGAACCAACCACUGCAGGCUGCUCACCCAGGCCUCCCCCAGCCCCACGGCCAGGCCUGGACUGUCUGGAAACACACCUAGCUUUCUUCUUUCAGCGGUGUUCUUUCACCAUCAGUAGGGGUUUUUUUUCAAGUUGUUUUUAAUAUAUUUUUUAUUAAGAGAGAAAGCACAUUCUCAACAGUUCAGCCCCUUUCCCCCUCUUCCCCCCCCCAACCACUGGUUUUUGGUGUGAGUGCGUGUAUGCCUGUGCGACUUCUUAGUGUGGGGCUGCCCCCCUCCCUCGCCCCCCCCGCAGCUGGAGAAGUUGGUGAUAGGACUUAGUUUGUAUUUGCAUGGAGUAGAACAAAGCAAAAAUCUAAUCAGCUACCAUUGUACUAGACGGUUAUUCUCUCCUACCUUGUUUUAAAUAUACCUUUUUCUCCUCUGGAAGCCAAGUGCCCCGGAAUGGGGGUGAAGGCACUUGUGUGUGUCCCCCCCCCUGCCCCGCACCCUGCCAAGAUUCACAGUGCUGCAUUCUCAUGUCUUUUCUCUGUCGGAGUCGAGGCUGUUUCCCCCCACCCCUUUCCUGCCACGCCAGGGCAAAGGGAGCAUGUAUUUACAGCCAGGCAUAACUCUUGUGUACUUUAUCCAUUCUGGGGCAAAAAUUAUAAUAAUUGGAAAGGUGCGUUGUAAUGUAAGAAUUGUUUUAUUUAUUGAAAUGUCUGAGGAUAUCUCAAAAUACUGACCACAGCACCUGGGAAUUACGCUUUGGGUCUUCUUUGAACACCUCCCCACCCGGUUGGGUGUGUUUGCAGCCCUCACCCCAGCGGCUCCGCGGGGCGGGUGGCUGUUUUUUGGGAAUACACUACACAGGAGGACGAUAGCCCGUGGCGGGACGUCGGUGUGAGCGGGAGGCUGUCCCCGUGGCUGUGUUCAGCACGUGCCUUUCUGCUCACCCGCCGGCUGCGUCGCCUCUGCUCUCACGGCCAGGGCUCGGGGUGCGCCACUGCUUCUCCUCUGGGUUAGUCUUUCCUGCUAAUCGGUGCUCUUAUAUUAUUAUUAUUUUUUUUAAUUUUAUCCCCAUGGUCAAUUUUCUGCAGUAGCCGUGGAGCUGGAGUUGCUCGGUGGCAGUUCCUCCCUGUUCCCCCCCCUCCUUUCUGUUCGUUGCCCACCCAUCACCUCGGGGUCACUCUCAAAGCACGGAACGGGGGGGUGAGAGGCAAAGGGGCUGCCACAGAGACAAGGAGGGGGGCAAACACUGGGGUAUAGCCCCCACUGACCUGAAUGUAAGCAGCAGCCUGUUGCCCUGCUGGAACCAGGUCCUGGGGAGAGGCUGUGGGCAGGAGCUGUGGUCUCCUCCCAGUUGAGGCCAGGCUCAGCUCUGGGAGCAGACUGGUUUUUAAGCAAGAACCCGUCAGCUAGAAACGAGCCGUCAAUGCUCAGCCUUGUUCUGCUGAAAAAAAUAAUCAGUUUUCUUCUUGCUGGUUUGCUGCAGAGGGGCAGAAGGAAAAUCCCUCUGGGUUUGGUUAUUACACGCCUCCCCCAGGUAGUGCCCCCCCAUCUCUUCCCCACCCUCCCAGCCCCAGAAGCAGCAAGUGCUCCAUUUUGUCACCUGCAGUGACCGGACAGAAAGGUGCCGUCUCCAAUCUUAGCAUUUGUUUGCUCUGCCUGACUGUUCCCUCGCACACUGUCCAAACCAUGUUGCCUGGUGGUGCCCAGCAUACUUCAAUAAAGUCAUUCAUAUACAA